AGCAGAGAACCAUCCGCAUGGUUCUAGGUGCUGGCAUAACCAUAACGGAGGUCGCGGCGCAGUUGCGGCCCCAGUAUAUUUAUUGUGAACUCCCGUAAACUGUGGGCCGACGAAGUUCAAGUUUACCCUCUCCCUGGAGCUUCAUGUUAUCUGCUCAUUCCACAAUGGCGGCGGCGCUGGCCUGCGUAGCGCUCUCCGUCGCACCAGUGACCGCCACAUCGUACUCUAUGGUCAAAGAGUACUAUGGCUCCAGCUUCUUUAACGACUGGACCUUCUAUAAUAACUACGAUAAUCUGACGAACGGAGAUGUUGUCUAUGUUUCGGCUGGGAACGCAUCUGCAUAUCAGCUGGCGUACGUGGAUACUACAACGAACCAUGCCAUCAUCAAAGUAGACAACACUUCCACUGUGGUAUAUGACAACAAACGCAACUCCGUCAGGAUUGCAAGCAGCGACUCCUACGCAGUGGGAAGCUUGUGGGUAGCUGAUAUAUAUCAUGCGCCUUAUGGAUGUUCCGUGUGGCCGGCGUGGUGGAGUCAGGCAGCUCUCUGGCCACAGGGUGGCGAGAUUGAUACCUUUGAGGGCAUCAAUACCGAUACCCAAAACCAAAUGUCCUUGCACACUGAAACUGGAUGCACGGCGGUUUCCCAAAAUCAAACCUCAACACUGGUUGCCAGCACGAACUGUUCGUAUGCCGCGAACUCGGACCAAGGUUGUAUUGUUACAGAUCCAUCGACUGGUUCCUAUGGUGCUGGUUUUGCGAGCGCUGGAGGAGGAGCUUUUGUGACUGAAAUGGCUUCUACUGGUAUAAGCAUUUGGUUCUUCCCAAGGUCUUCAAUACCCAGCUCACUGUCGAAUAACGGAAGCACGAUUGAUACCUCAUCCUUUGGUAUCCCUGUUGCUAACUGGCCUUCUACGGGCUGCAACAUUGAGCAGUUCUUCCAGCCCCAGAACUUAAUUUUCGAUAUCACCCUUUGCGGAGACUGGGCCGAUGGUGCUACAUGGAACAGCACAUGCUCAGGGAUUUGCUACAACAAUUGGGUCAUGGGCAAUGGUACUGACUACAAUAAUGCCUACUUCGAAGUCGGCUACGUGAGGGUUUUCAGUACGGCAGGCACCAACACCGUCGUGUCUGCUACCACUUCUGGUUCUGGUUCGUCCCCGACGACUUCAACAACAUCGAGUAGCUCGGCUGCGGGCCUCCCGCAUGAUGGCUUUUGGAUGGCUGCGACAAUACUCGUUGUCGUUGGAUUUUUCAGCAGCGCUCUUUUUAGACUUGCUUGAAGGACAAACGAUGGUGAUUUCGUACGAUAGAUCAGAACAUUGCUCGACACGUGAUCAUGUACUGUACGUAUGUAUAGCCUCCAUUCCUGUAUGCUCAGCGUCCGGAGAAUCGUUGAACUGUAAGACGUCAUGGUACUGUUAGACGUCAUGGUUAUUUUCAGGACUUACGUUUAGUGUUAACCGUUGGGAUGAUUAUGAGUAAAUAUUAAUGGCAGAUUCGGACUUUUGAGAUC